AUGACAUCCACCUCGCCGGAACCAGCCGCCGGCCCCGCCGAGGCCGACGGCGCCGUCCUGAUCCGCCGCCUAGAGAUCGCCGACCGCGAGAGGGGGUUCCUGCCCCUCCUCGCCCAGCUCUCCUCCUGCCCGGACCUCACCGCGUCAGAGUUCGCCGCGUGCUUCGCCGACCUCGCGGCCCUCGGCGACGACCACGUCAUCCUCGUGGCCGAGGACCCCGCCGCGGCCCCGGAGCGGAGGAUCCUCUCCACGGGGUGCCUCUUCGUGGAGCGCAAGUUCCUCCGCGGCGGCGGCAAGGUGGGGCACGUGGAGGACGUCGUGGUCGACGCCGCCGCGCGCGGCCGCGGGCUCGGGCUCCGCGUCGUGCGCCGCCUCGUGGAGAUCGCCAAGGAGGCCGGCUGCUACAAGGUCAUCCUGGACUGCACCCCCGACCUGCGCGCGUACUACGCCAAAUGCGGCUUCGUGGAGAAGGGGGUUCAGAUGGCCGUGUACUUCUGAUCCAUGGGUAAUAA